AAACAUAUUUUUACUGGGAAAGAUGAUAUCAAUAUGUUGUGUCUAUCAUGCACUAUCAGCAUAACUGAAAUUAUUUAAGGAAUUCGCGUUUAGUUUGCAAUAAAAUACCCUAGAAGAUGGCUGUGUAUUUUGUUGACAAAACCGGCAAACGUGUGCCUCUUUCCCACGAUUUGGCUCUAGAGUUAUUAAAUGAUGGCAACGAGUCUGAAAUAGAGGAUUUACAUGACGAAAAUGAUGAUGUUUUUGAGAUUCAAACAUUUGAAAAUGACAGCGAUGACCAGGAGAUUAAAGAAACGGUAUUAGAUGAAAAACCUGUUCCUUCAACGAGCUCUUCUAAAGCAAGGAGGCACUGGAAAGACACGACGUUCCAGCAAAAAAAUCAUGAUUAUCCAAAAAGUACACCUAAACCAAUCAGAAAUGCUAUGGAGUACUUUUCCGAUUAUUUAAAUGAUGGUUUCUUUGAUUUAGCUGCAAAUUGUACAAAUAAUUAUUUUAUGCGCAAGACAGGUCGCAUGCUGAACACAAACAGUGAAGAAAUAAAGAAGUUAAUAGGUAUACACUUGAUUAUGGGAUGCAUCCCUUAUCCUAGACUUCACAUGUAUUGGCGUCAAGGGAUGCAACUUCACAUGGUAUCAAGCCAAAUGCCACGAGACCGCUUCAAGGCAUUGCGUACAGCCUUGCAUGUAGUUGAUGAGGACAUAGCACCUGAAGGUAAUACGAAUGUACUUUGGAAGGUACAGCCCAUCAUAACUGCAGUUAAACGAGCAUGUGAUAGAUUAGAAAGACGUCCAGGUAAUUAUUCCAUUGACGAACAGAUUAUUCCUUUCUGUGGAAGAUGUGCAAAUGGUUUAAGACAAGUAGUUAAAAACAAACCGCGACCUCAAGGCCUAAAAGUGUUUGUGGCUACAACAAGCGACGGUCUAAUGAUAGACUUUGAGGUAUAUCAAGGUGCAAGAACUCCCUUCCCUGACAGAUCACUUGGAGUUUCCGCAGCUGUGAUUCUACACCUAUCAAAGUCAAUUCCUCCAGGAAGCUGUGUCUUUUUUGAUAGAUAUUUUUCAUCGAUACUCCUCAUUGAACCUCAAAUGAAACUUCAUGGAACAGCUACUUUGAUGAUGAACAGACUUCCAGAACGGAGAAAGAUACCUUUUAAAGAAGAUCGUUGUAUGAAACGAGGCGAAUCACAGCAAUUUGUGUAUGGAGACUUAGUUGUUGUUAAAUGGAAAGACAAUAAAUCUGUGCUAAUGGUAUCGAAUUGUACAUCAGCUGACAAUAAAGUGAAUAUGAAUCGCUGGGAUAAAACUUAGCUUAUAUUCAA